AUGGCUGGUUUGAAGGUUCGCUCUGUUCUGCUGCUUAUACUAUACCAUUUCUGUCAAAGAUGUAUCCCAAGUGGAAUUUCAACACAUGUUGAAAUAGCACACAGAGCUCUGGAAUUUUUCUUUAAGCGUGAAGGGAAUGUUAAUUAUAGACAGUUAUUACUAAACCACCAAGAUGCUUUUCAGGCUGGGAGCAUUUAUCCUGAUGCCUUUUAUCCUUCAAUCUGCAAAAGUGGAAUAUUCCAUGAUGUGUCAGAAGACACUCACUGGUCACCAUUUCUCAGUGCAAGUAUUCACUACAUCAGAAGGAAUUAUCCUCAGCCUUGGGAAGAGGCUACAGAGAAGCUGGUGGCUUUCCUGUUUGGAGUUGCCUCGCAUAUGGUGGCAGAUAUUAGCUGGCAUAGCCUGGGCAUCGACCAAGGAUUCCUAAAGACCAUGGGAGAAAUUGAUUUUCAAGGUUCAUACUCGGAAGCUCACAGUGUUGGCGAUUUUGGAGGAGAUGUACUGAGUCAGUUUGAGCUGGACUUCAGUUAUCUGGCAUCGAAUUGGUAUGUACCUGUCAAAGACCUAGCAGCUAUCUAUAAGGAAUUUUAUGGAAAAGAGAUCAUAACUGAAAGCACAAUUACUGACUGUACUUACCUGCUGUUUCUUGAACUGCAUGGAGAAAGGCUUGCUGUUGCCAAGCUUUUUCCAACAUAUGCUAGUAAAUCUCCAUUUCUGGUGGAGAAGUUCCAUGAGUAUUUCCUCGGAGGAGUGGAUGACAUGGCCUUCUGGACAAACAAUAUUUUUGAGCUGACAAGCCAUAUGCUAGAGAAUGGAACCAGUGGCUGCUUCCUGCCUGAGAACCCUCUGUUUAUAAACUGCACAAGGGAGCACAAGGACAACAAAAGCAAACAAUCAAAACAUGAACGUCACAAGAAUACAACUUCUUUGCUUACAAACACACCUGAAAAGAAUAUAAACUAUACAGAGAGAGGAGUUCACUUCAACACAGAAUCUUGGGCAACAAAUUCCCUCCGCUUGAUAAACCAUGCUUUUGCAACCAAUGUCUGGAGAGCGUUAGCACCUACACAUCAAAAAUCUCCUAAGCACAUCUCCAAGCCAGCAGCUUCAUAUUUUCUGACUUCACCCUAUGCUAGGCUUGGAUGGGCAAUGAUCUCGGCUGACCUAAACCAGGAUGGAUAUGAAGAUCUGGUGGUUGGAGCACCAGGGUACAGCACGUUGGGCCAUAUUCAGAUAGGACGGGUGUAUGUGGUCUAUGGCAAUCAGUCAGGUUUGCCGCCAGAGGACAUGGAUCUAGAUGAGAAAGCUGACCAAGUACUACAGGGUCAUCAGCCUUCAGGAAGAUUUGGUUCUGCCUUGGCAAUCCUGGACUUCAAUGAGGAUGGGCUGCCAGAUCUGGCAGUUGGAGCACCUUCUGUGGGAUCUCAGUUUCUUACUUACAAAGGUGCUGUGUAUGUCUAUUUUGGCACUGAAGGAAGAGGCUUGGCAUCUCAACCAAACAUUACCAUAACUUGUCAGUAUUCCUACUGUAAUCUUGGUUGGUCCCUCCUGGCAGCUGAUGUUGAUGAGGAUGGAAAUGCUGAUCUGGUUGUGGGCUCUCCAUAUGCACCCGGUGGUGGGCAGCAGAGAGGAUUUGUGGUUGCAUUUUACUCUUAUUUCAACAGGAGUGACCAAGGACUUCUUUCAGUACAGGAUGCCAACUGGAUGGUGAAGGGGGAAGAAAACUACGCUUGGUUUGGAUUUUCACUUGACAGCUGCCAGCUGGAGAAUGUAACAUUACUGCUGAUUGGUAGCCCUACAUGGAGGAGUUGUGCUGGCUGCGAUCCCUUCUCAUCGGAUGUCAGACAGAGUGUUGGGAAGGUGUAUGGGUAUAACCCACCAAGCACGAAGCACUGGUUUGCAGUAACUGGAGUCAAGGCAAUGGGCAGAAUGGGUUUGUCUCUGGCCAGUGGUGUGAUGUCUGUGGCUGGGAUCACACGGAGAGUUUUGGUGGUGGGUGCACCUACUGCAGACAGCCUGUCCAGGAUUUCAUUUAUAUCCUCAGUGCUGCACCAAGCUGGACUGGCUCUGGUGUACGAUCUGACAGACAGCACCGAGCCUUCUCUGCUCAGCACAUUCAGUGGGGACAGGAGGUUUUCCCGCUUUGGAGGAGUUGUACGCUUAAGUGACCUGGAUGACGAUGGACUAGAUGAAAUGAUUGUGACAUCCCCACUGCGAACUAACAGUAUCACCACAAUACUGUUUGGUGGGGCAGCUGGCCGUGUUUACAUUUACAACGGAAAGCAGGCAUCCUCAGGGAAUGUGACAGGCCACUGCAAAUCAUGGAUAUCUCCCUGUCCUGAGGACUGGGCACAGUAUGUCAUGAUUUCUCCUGAGGAACUAUCAAGAUUUGGGAGUUCUGUUAUCACUCUGAAAUCUGAAAGAAAGAAAGAAGUUGUAGUGGCAGCAGAGAGGAGUUCGGCGAAAGCUCGACUUGGUGGAAGGCUUUUCAUCUACUCGCUCUAGAA